GUUUUAGUUUAAUACUCAUGUUUUUCUUGUCUUGUUCUUCUUCAUCCUCGUGCCUUGUCCCCACACGUUUCAAACACGUACCCUAUCUAUAUCUCUUUCUCCAUCCUCAUUCGUCGACAUUCACUACGUUAAAACACUAUCACAUACGUAAAAGAUAGAAAAACAUAACCUUAAACCUGUGUCAAGUACGAGUUUAGGAAACUGAGGUGAAAAUUAAGGUUCGUUUUGAACGUUAAUUUUGUGGAAAUUUGGAGGGUUGUGUAUGAUGAGUAAUAAGGUUCAUCCGAUUCCUCCUCGUACUCGAGUUGGGAAGUAUCAGUUGGGGAAGACGAUUGGAGAAGGAAGCUUUGCGAAGGUGAAAUUGGCGAAGAAUGUUGAGAAUGGAGAUUUUGUUGCUAUCAAGAUUCUUGAUCGUAAUCAUGUGCUUCGUCAUAAUAUGAUGGACCAGCUGAAGAGAGAAAUUUCGGCGAUGAAGAUGAUUAAUCAUCCGAACGUUGUCAAGAUAUUUGAGGUGAUGGCAAGUAAAACAAAGAUUUACAUUGUCUUAGAGUUGGUUAAUGGAGGAGAAUUAUUUGACAAAAUUGCUACAAAUGGGAGACUUAAAGAAGAUGAAGCAAGAAGUUAUUUCCAACAGCUAAUCAAUGCAGUUGAUUACUGCCAUAGUAGAGGCGUGUAUCACAGAGAUUUGAAGCCUGAGAAUCUUAUGUUGGACAAAAACGGUGUUCUUAAAGUUUCAGAUUUUGGAUUAAGUACAUAUUCGCAGCAGGAAGGUGAACUUCUCCGCACGGCUUGCGGAACACCGAAUUACGUUGCUCCUGAGGUGAUUAAUGAUAGAGGUUAUGUUGGUUCAACAUCUGAUAUAUGGUCUUGUGGAGUUAUUCUCUUUGUACUUAUGGCCGGGUACUUGCCGUUCGACGAGCCGAAUCAAAUUACACUUUACAGAAAAAUUGGUAGGGCUGAGUUCACUUGUCCGCCGUGGUUUUCGCCCGAGGCAAAGAAACUGCUCAAGUCUAUCCUUAAUCCAAACCCUCUCACGAGGAUAAAAAUUCCGGAACUCUUGGAAGAUGAAUGGUUCAAAAAAGGAUACAAGCCAGCAUCUUUUACCGAGGAAGAUGUCAAUGUAGAUGAUGUUGCUGCUGCUUUCAACGAUUCUAAGGAAAAUCUUGUGACAGAGACCAAAGAGAAACCCGUGUCGAUGAAUGCUUUCGAGCUUAUUUCUAGAUCACAAAGCUUCAAUCUUGACAAUUUAUUCGAGAAGCAAAAGGGAGUUGUAAAGCGCGAAACUCAUUUCACUUCACAACGCCCCGCGAAUGAAAUCAUGUCUAAAAUCGAAGAGGCUGCAAAGCCUCUCGGAUUUAAUGUUCACAAGCGAAAUUACAAGAUGAAGCUGCAAGGUGACAAAAGUGGAAGGAAAGGUCACCUUUCAGUGGCUACUGAGGUUUUUGAAGUGGCUCCCUCCCUACAUAUGGUGGAGCUGAGGAAGACUGGCGGCGACACACUAGAGUUUAACAAGUUUUACAAAAUAUUUUCAUCAGGGUUGGAAGACAUAGUGUGGCAUAAUGACAAAAAAUAAUCGAGUAAUAAUAAGGUGCAAAGUUGCUUGAUAAGUGCACAUAUCAUGGUUGGGAGAGUUUGGCUGAGACUAUUUCAUUAGGCUAAUUCGAGAUAGUUCGAUGUGUAGAAUAAGUAAAGCUUGCAUGUUAUUAUAGUCCAUUGCAAUUGUUUUGUUUAAAGAUGAAGUUGAGAGUAUUUUUGAAAGUGUAUAAAAUUAUGUCAUAUGUACAAUUUCGUCUUUUGAGUUUGAUUUAUGUUUUUUUUAUGAUGUUACAUUGUAAAUUUUCAAACAUAUGAAUAAUAUAAUGUUUUAUUCGACGUUGUUUCA